AUGGACAACUUGAGGGACCUCGUCGCCAACAUCGAGUUUCUUGGGAGAAAGCAUGUCGACCUACGAAUGAGGGUGACCUAGGUAUCAGGCGCCCUCAAGAUGUACUCAACAUGUUUCAAAAGAAACUCAUUUGGAGGAUGAGGACCACACCAUCGAUGCUAGGCUCUUUUGUGUUAGCCAAAUAUGGUGAGUGGGCUCGACAACCAGCCGACAUCAAAGGAGUCAAACAAUGGGCAGACCGGCAACGACAUUGGCUGGAGAUGGUGCCCCUUAUUCGUUGGUGAGUGGGGCGAGGCGCGAUCAGUGUCUGGUACGACACUUGGCUAGAGGACACACCAUUGGUCAAUUUUACCACUUUUACAUCAUCUUGGCCUCGCUUGACAGUAGCCUAACUUCUCCAAGGAGACACUCGUCUACUUAUUGAGAGGCAUGGACUACCGUCGAACUUGUUACUAGCCAUCACCAUGACUGAGACGAGUUUUACUGAGGACCAACCCAUCUAGACACUUACCGUAGAUGGCAGUUUCUCUUAUAGCUCCUCUUAAGAGCACUUUAGAAACCGCUCCCCAAAGACAUUUUGGGGAAAUCUCAUAUGACAUCUAGCCAUCACACCUCGUGUUUCGUUCUUCCUGUGGAAGUUCAUGCACCGAGGACUACCCACCAACGAUCGAGUGAUUGUCACCGAUUAGGAGGUGGAAAGGAGAUAUCAUUGUUGCUCUAUCAUGACAGACAAAAGUAUGGAACAUUUAUUUUUCCAUAGUGAUAUCACUAUCGAGUGUUGACGUCAACUUCUAGUGAAUUAGCUUUCAAUGCUCUCGUACAGACCUACGAGACCAUCACUAGAGGUCUUUAGGAGAGUCAUUGACUCAUCGACAAGUGUCAAGGUUAGUCCCUUCAUCCGUAUCUCCAUAGCAUAUAUGUUAUGGGAAAUAUGGAAGGGACGUAACUCAUCUCAAUUUGUAGGCCAAGUGAUGUGUGCCACAGAGAUUAUAAGGCACAUAACACAAUGGCUUCGGAGUACUCAUUCCUUAGUGCCAAACAAAACAAAACACUCGCAUUCUAUUUGUGAGGCUUUUGGGCUUUGGGAACUCCAUAUCAUACCUACACAGACCUAUACUACUAUCUGAUCUGUUAGAUGGACACCACCGAGGACUGGACAGUGGAAACUCAACGUCAAUAGAGCAUCUCAAGGUAACCCAGGACCAUCUGAAGGAGGAGGUAUCUUACGCGCUAGUACAGGAUGCAUUCUCUUUGCCUUUUUGAACUUUUAUAAUAUAUGAACUAAUAUUGCGGCAGAGGCUAUGGCAAUACGGGAUGGUUUGCUUCUUUGUGAGGAGCAAAAUAUUACUAAUAUUGUCUUAGAAUCUGAUUCCAAAGUGUUAGUGGACAUGUUACGUGUAGACUCUUGUCCUCAUUGGAGGCUCAAGAAUAUCUGGGCAGACAUCAUGCGAUGUCAAGGAUGCAUCACAACUAUUACGCAUCAGUUUCGAGAAGGGAAUCAAAUAGCUGACGCCCUUGCUAUGCAUGGAGUCAGAUCGCGUCGGAGGACAAUCUUCUCUUUUUGGCAGGACAUGCCCCUCAAAGCCCAAGGUGCUCAUAGACUUAAGCGACUCGGCAUACCUUCUUUACGCAUGCACCGCACUCCACUAUCGGCCCCUCCACGGCAGUGGCGUAUUGUUUGGAGGAGACUAGGGGUGGUUACUAUUAGCCGCUGAAGACCACAAUGGAGAUACAGGUACGUGUUUCCUUUAUUUCUAUUUUCAGGUCUAUCACAAGCCACAACUAUGACAUCAUCAUGGCACUCAUCCCAUACCACCGAUGUGGAAUGCACUUUACCUAUCAGCACAAGACGGAUAAGGCACAUUGUAAUCCACUCGAAUAUAUGUUAAAUAAGAAAGAUGCAAAGCCACGUUUAUUAAGAUGGAUUUUAUUGUUGUAGGAAUUUGACUUAGAAAUAAAAGAUAAAAAAGGUUUUGAGAAUGUUGUUACUAACCAUCUUUCUAGAUUAAGUGAUAUAGGAAUAAAUGCAGCACUUUUAUAAGACGCAUUUCUAGAUGAACAAUUGAUGACAACUCAACAUCAACCAUCACCAUGGUAUGCACAUAUUGUUAUUUUUCUGGUUUCUGGAAAAAUUCCAGAACAGUGGGAUAAGAACAAAAAAUAUCAUUUCUUUUCUAAGAUUAGAAAUUAUUUUUGGUAUGAUCCUGAUUUAUAUUACUUGGGCAAUGAUCAAAUUUUAAGGAGAUGUGUUCUUGAAGAAGAAUAUCAUAGCAUUAUUAACAUGUGUCAUUCAUCUAAAUGUGGAGGACAUUUCUCUAGAUGAAAAACAGUUGUAAAAAUUUUUCAGUGUGGUUUUUAUUGGCUUACAAUCAUUAGAAAUUCUAUAGAAUUUAGUAGAACAUAUAUUUCAUGCCAAUCUAUAGGUAACAUGAGUAAAAAAGAUGAAAUACCCAUGAGUAAUAUGUUAGUAGUCGAAAUUUUUGAUGUAUGGGGAAUAGAUUUCAUGGGUCCCUUCCCAUCAGCUGAAAAAUAUGAAUAUAUUUUGCUUGCUGUUGAUUAUGUGUCGAAGUGACUGGAAGUUAUUCCUACUAGAAUUAAUGAUCAUAAAAUCGUGAUGAAAUUUGUGUAGGAAAAUAUUUUUUCGAGAUUUAGAUGUCCUAGAGUGAUUAUUAGUGAUGGAGAAACACAUUUUACAAAUAAACAUUUCAGGGAACUGUUGAAAAAGAAUGGAGUACAUCAUAGAGUAGCCACUCCAUAUCAUCCCCAAAUAAAUGGGCAAGUUGAAGUAGCAAAUAGGAAAAUUUAGAGAAUUUUGAGAAAAAUAGUUAGACCAGAUAGGAAAGAUUGGCCCACGAAAUUACAAGAUGCAUUAUGGGCUUAUAGAACAGCUUAUAAAAAUCCCAUAGGUAUGUCCCCAUUUCGUCUCAAUUUUGAAAAGCCAUGUCAUCUUCUUGUGAAAAUAGAGCAUAAAGCAUUAUGGGAUAUAAAAUAUUUAUGUAUGGAUGAAAAAUCAGCUGGUGGGUAUAGAAUUUUUCAGCUAUAUGAACUAGAGGAGUUGAGGAAUAAAGCUUAUGAAAAUCAUAAAAUAUAUAAAGAAAAAACUAAAACUUUUCAUGAUAAAUACAUUAGUAGAAAAAAAAAAUUGAUGUCGGAGAAAAAGUAUGGUUAUAUGAUUUUAGGCUGAAAUUAUUCCCAGGAAAAUUAAAAUCAAAAUGGAAAGGGCCUUAUGUGGUGGAAGAGACAUAUGAUUAUGGGAUUGUCAUGAUUAAAGAUCUUAAAAGUGAUCAUAACUUUAAGGUAAAUGGACAGCGGCUUAAACAUUACAUAGAACAUGAACGUCUUGCAGAAAAAGAAAUUUUAUUAUUAAAAGAAAUUCAAGAGUAA